CGGGAGGCCCGCGGCCUCCGCCGCCAUUUCAGGCGCUGCUGUUAGGCUGAGGUCCGAGCCGGUCCACUGGGCGGCGGGCGACGGGCUGGAGGGGCACGCGCGGCGGCGGCGGCCCUGCGUGUAGGCACCGAGGCGGCCAUGGCGGGCAACUUCGACUCGGAGGAGAGGAGUAGCUGGUACUGGGGGCGGUUGAGCCGGCAGGAUGCUGUGUCGAUGUUGCAGGGCCAGCGGCACGGGGUGUUCCUGGUGCGGGACUCGAGCACCAGCCCCGGGGACUAUGUGCUCAGCGUCUCCGAGAACUCGCGCGUCUCCCACUACAUCAUCAACAGCAGCGGCCCGCGCCCACCGGUGCCACCGUCGCCCGCCCAGCCUCCGCCCGGGGUGAGCCCCUCCAGGCUCCGAAUAGGAGAUCAAGAGUUUGAUUCAUUGCCUGCUUUACUGGAAUUCUACAAAAUACACUAUUUGGACACUACAACGUUGAUAGAACCAGUUUCCAGAUCCAGGCAGGGUAGUGGAGUGAAUCUCAGGCAGGAGGAGAUAGAGUAUGUGCGAGCCCUCUUUGACUUUAAUGGGAAUGAUGAAGAAGAUCUUCCCUUUAAGAAAGGAGACAUCCUGAAAAUCCGGGAUAAGCCUGAAGAGCAGUGGUGGAAUGCAGAGGACAUGGAAGGCAAGAGGGGGAUGAUUCCAGUCCCUUACGUGGAGAAGUAUAGACCUGUCCCCGCCUCAGUAUCGGCUAUGAUUGGAGGUAACCAGGAGGGUUCCCACCCACAGCCACUGGGUGGGCCGGAGCCUGGGCCCUAUGCCCAACCCAGCGUCAACACUCCGCUCCCUAACCUCCAGAAUGGGCCCAUUUAUGCCAGGGUAAUCCAGAAGCGAGUCCCUAAUGCCUACGACAAGACAGCCUUGGCUUUGGAGGUCGGUGAGCUGGUAAAGGUUACGAAGAUUAAUGUCAAUGGUCAGUGGGAAGGGGAGUGUAAUGGCAAACGAGGUCACUUCCCAUUCACACAUGUUCGUCUGCUGGAUCAACAGAAUCCUGAUGAGGACUUCAGCUGAGUAUAGCUCAACAGUUUUGCUGACAGAUGGGAACAAUCCUUUUUUUUUUUUCCUUUUCAGUUGCCAUCUAUACAUUUUUUUUUUUUUACAGAUGUCAAACACAGUCUAGUUUAUAUAAGUGUUCUGUUACCUGUGAUCAUUUUUAGACUGAACUACUACAUCCCUAGUUCCAUUUACCACGUUCAGGGUACAGAACUGGAGGGCUUUGUGUGUUAACUUCUGAAUUGGACAUUUUAGGUGGUAGCUGCUAUGCCUGAGUCUGUCAGAGAGAUAGGUGGGUAUCUUGCCUCCUUUCUUCAGGCAAUGCAAGUCAACCUGUGGAAAACUGAUGCACAGGAGAGAAGUGUUGCACACUACCUACCCUGAUUUAUCCAAUGGCUUUUUUUUUCAUUCUGAAACCAUCUUAUCAAAUGGCAAUAGACUGUUCCCUUUCACCCCCAGAAAGUAAUCAUGUACUGUGUGAAUUAUACCCAGUGGGAUUGCUUUUUCAUUUAUAGAACAUGACCAUUGUAUGACUCAUUCUGACAGUUCAAAUCCUGAGAUUUCUGAGGACACUACUAAAGGCAUUUUCUUCCUUCUAAGUCAAUGCUUCAUACUUUUUCUUGGGAUUCUUUGAACCCUUGUCAUCCUUUUCCGCAGAUAGGUUAAUUCUCAUGAAAAGUGUUUAUUUUCAUUCCAGAUGACAAGCAGGAUGUGCAGAGCACUUUAUUCAGUGCAUAGCUUUAAGCCAGUAUUGGAUUCACUGAGUGGACAGCCAAACUCAGCUCUCUGCCUUUCCUCAAGGGGUCAUAGUAGGUUCACACUGCUAUCGCAGCUAAAUGGACUCCUGACAAUGGGAUCCAGCAGGGACAUUUCUCCGGAUUCUUUGGAAUUCUUAGCUUCUACUUGGAGUGGAAGGACCAAUCACUAGAAUAUUCCAUAGAAGGUUGUGUGGCCAAAUUCUGCCCUUUGCUUUAUGUGCAACUUGUAUAAGUCAAGUUAAAAUUACAUGAGUUUGGGGAUAGGGUUAGCACUUUGAAAAAUGUUUGAACCAAUCAUGAAUUACUUAGGUAUUAUUCAUUUCACAUUACCAGAAUAGUGCAUGAAGUACAUUAUAAACUGCCUUCAGUUUUGGGUCUUUAUGUUCAAGUUUAGUUUACAAAUCCUUUUAAGUACAGAAUGGUUUAUAUGGGGUCAGGUGCUCCAAAAAACAGAUUUCUGAGACCAAAAAUGAUCUAGGCUAUGUAGACUGUAAUAUGAAACUUUCAAAGCUAGCUUCCAGCCUAGGAAGGCACUAACUGGUAUAUGGUAUGAUACAACCAAUAGAAACAUUUUAUAUUUAGCUUAGGGCCUCAUAUUAGAAAAGAAAUGUAUCUUUCUAAUUCUUUUGCAUAGGUAAUGAUUAAUUUGCAUUUUUUGGCGUGCACCAAAUCAUGUUAUCCCAGUGACUAGCACAAUGUCUGGCACAAUUGAUGUGCAGAUGUUUGUGUGAGUGAAUGAGAGGAAUGUAGAAGCUCAUUAUAUGGCACAGGGAAGCCAGCUGGCACAGGAUUACAUACAUUACCACAAGUAACCUAAUGCAUUGACGCUAAUUUAAUGUAUUUUUACCUCACACUAAGGUAAUGCUUGAUAAAGACAUCAAUACUCGACUUUUUAAAUGCUAGCAUAGUGCUAUGCACACAGUGGGUGCUCAAUGUUGAAUGAACAAAUUUGCAAUACUAGACUUAAUUCCACCUGACUACUCUGUCAGAUUUUCAGUUAGAGCACAGAUACUGUAAAAUUCAGUAAGUACACAUGAAAUCUUGUUUUUCUGAAAGUAUGACAUCUAAAAUAUUUGUAGAGAAACCUUGUCACACUGCUUUGAAUAUUUGUAUUUUCUUUUGCCUUUGACAUUAUGAUAUUGGCCUGUAAUGUCUAUUUUCAUCUUAUGGAAUAUUAGUGGAACAUGCACCUCUACCCAAAUCAUAAGAAUUUCUUAAUGAUGGCUUGUCCAAAGCCAUUAUAUGAACUGUUGGGUUGGAUUUGGCUGGAUGUGGUAGUUGUUGGACCUUAAGAAAUCAAAGGACUUCUUAAAAAUAUCUUCCAAAAACAAAUACUAGAGUCCUAUUCAAUUGCAUAUGUACAUUGUCACAAAGCAAAGUAAACUGAAAUUGGCUGCUAUAUUUUAUAUAAUAUAAUCAUUUCUGCAAAAGCCCAGUUUUUGGAUACUAAUAUUUGACAUGAUUCAUUCUUAUUAAUUUGUUGGAAUUGUUUAUUGUUAAUAAUGCAAAUAGAUAAUUUUUAAUUAUCCUUAAGUAACAUUUCAUUAUUAAUGGUUUGAAAUGGGUGACAAGCAAACCAGUUUGAAAUAAAAUAUGAACAUGUGCCAUUGUAUUAUAACACUAUACACUUUCUUGACAGUAAGAUUUUGAAAAAAUGUUUUUUUGUAGCAUGUAUUGUAUAUGUUUAUAGUAUAUGUAGUAAAUAAAAAUAUGGCCAAAUA